UGUGCACGGUUUCUGCCUCUGUAUUUAGUUGAAUAACUGUACACUGAUCAACCUUUCUUGUUGAUUCAGGUGUCGAAGAUGAUAUAAUAUUUUAAAUAACGUUUUAUGAAAAUGUAAAAAAAACAACAACAUGAAGUAUCAUUUUAGUUUAUUGUAGCAUUCAUAUCUGUCACGGAAUGAUUGACUAAAUGACUAAAUUGAAGGAUUACCCUGUACAUCAAAGAUGUUUUGGAAUUCUUAGUAAGAUAAUUUCUCGCUUAGAACUGUUGCAAUGAGCUUAGAAAAGAGACCUAAACAGCUGGGCGAGGAGCUGCUGCAAGCUGCCUGGAAUGGAGAUAGACGGAAAUUAGAAAGGUGCUUAGACGGAGGAGCAAAUAUGAACUAUCAAGAUUUUAAUGGUGAGACUGCACUUCACUAUGCAGUAUUGAACAGGAACACAGAUAUCGUCCAGUUGCUAAUUGACAGUGGUAUUAAUCUCAAUGUUCAGAACAAAGUUGGAGGGACUGCACUUCACUCUGCUGCAUUGAACAAGAAAACAGAAAUCGUACAUUUGCUUAUUGACAGUGGUAGUAAUCUGAAUUUGCAGAACAAUAUUGGUUUGACUGCACUUCACAACGCUGCAACAGGAGGGAAUACAGAAAUCGUCCAUUUGCUUAUUGACAAUGGUAUUGAUAUAAAUUUGCAGACAAAUCAUGGUAACACUGCACUUCAUGUUGCUGUAUGGAAUGGGAAAACAAAAAUCGUCCAUUUGUUAAUUAACAGUGGUAUUGAUUACAAUUUACAGAACACGAAAAGAAGAACUGCACUUUACGAUGCUGUCAAACACGAUUAUAAUCAUAUAGCAAAGAUUUUAAUUAAAUAUGGAUGUGACAAGAAUCUACAAGACAAUUAUGGAAAUACUAUGUUACAUCAAGCUGCUAGGAAUUACAACUAUGAGAUGGUAAAAUAUUUGUUAAAAAAGGACGGUGACCCAUUGCUACUCAAUAUUAAGGGGGAGACGCCAAAAGACCUGACCAUCGAUGAGGAAAUAAUACAGAUAUUAAAGUAUUAUGAAAAGACCUUUUUACCUGGUCUCCCAACUGAAGUUAAAAAAUUCGAUAAGAAAUCAGCGAAGGUGUUCUCUAGUCUUUUGGAAGAAGAAAGUUAUCCACACUUUGAAUCGCGUGUAAUGUUAGUUGGCGAAAAGGGUAAAGGGAAGACAACUAUAGCCAGAUAUCUUGUAGGAAAACGACCCUCUAGAUUCAGGAUUGCAACCAACGGGAUAGAAUUAUUCAAUGGGCUUUCAUAUAUAGAUCGUCAAACAAAGGAUUGGCUUGGUGGAAGGCAAGAUUUUUCACUCGAGGAAUUGGCUGUUAGCAGAUCUCUUUUACAAGAAGACAACAGAAAGAAAAAUUUAAUAUCACCAAUUAAAACGUAUACCAGUAAAUAUAUACCCGACGUGUCAUUAUCGGCCGUUGACGGAAAACUUAAACAUGAAUCAAAUGAACCAUCUUCCUCCGAUGCGACUUUAGAGUAUGACUUUGAUGGUUUGUCGUCUACUAAAACAUUUAUUACUGAAAAUGUUAAAACCAUGUCUGAUCAUCAGUUAAAGACAGUACCCGUUUAUUCUGGUAUUUGUGGAACAGACAUGCAAGACAUAAUCCGUGGUGCGGAAAGGCAGUCUGGUAGAUUAUUUGACGACAAUCAAAGUUCGGAUUGCCCUAGCAAUCGGAAUGAACCAGUAAUACAUGACUACCCGACUGUAAAAGAAAAUACUGAUUCCAUGAAUAAAAGAGAAUUAAUUGAAGCUCUGCAUGACACUGUUUUAGAUGAUACAUGUUCGAAAUCACGGUUAAAUGGUGACAUGCACAUACAAACUUUAACUAAAUCUGGAGUUAUCAGGAAGCUAAAAAAUAUUUUUGGAGUUACCAAAACAGUCAAAGAAAUCAAAGUCUCAAUCACAAAAGAGAAAUUUUUAAAGAAGUCUAUUCAAGCUGGGAAAAGGCAGUUACAUAACAAAAUGAUAGCACCUAUAAUUAUCUGGGAUUUUGGUGGACAUGAUGUUUUCUAUUCAACACAUCAAACUUUUUUAACGUAUAGAGCUAUUUACAUGAUAGUGUUGGAUGGAAGUAGAACCCUCGACGAUCCUUGUCAACAUGAACAGUAUAUCCCAGGGAAAAGUGGACCUAAAACAGCAAAAGAUUAUCUAAGAUUCUGGAUCAAUGCGAUUGUAACAUAUUGCAAAGGAAGUAUCCCGGGUUAUCCUAAAAUUAUGAUUGUUCUGACCCACAAGGAUCAAGUUAAACCUAAUGAAGUUGAACAAAGACGACAUAAACUAUUUGCAGAUAUCAAACAGAUGUUUGAAAAAACACCAAUUAUGAAUCAGUUGGUAAUUGAGGAUAUGAUAUUUGUAAAUGCUAAAGACAAAUGUGACACAGAAAUGAUUAAGAUUAAGAAUACUAUCAUCAGAGAAACGGAAAGACAACCAACAUGGGGCGAACGUCUUCCAAAGUGCUUUAUCCCUCUAGAACUGGAAUUUGCAUCGCUGAUCAAACGCAACAUUCCGCUGAUUACACUAGAGCAUCUAAAGAAAAUAAACGUUCGGCAGCCAAUUAGACCACUGAAAGAUUUAGAGUUAAAGGUAUUUCUGAAGUUUCAACAUUCUAUUGGCAAGGUUUUGUACUUUGAUGAACAUAACUUGGACAAUCAUGUAAUUUUGUCUCCAACCCAUCUUAUUGAUGCCUUUAAAUCUAUUGUUACUGACAGAACAUUUUGUGAAGGUGACAGAAAAAGAGAAGAGUUGUGGGAUGUCAUGAGCAAGACAGGUGUAAUAUCAAAAAAGGUUAUCCAAGUAGUUUGGAAGAAAAAAAAAUAUCAGAAAUUUUACAGAGACAAGGAAUAUCUAUUGGAUGUCAUGACCCAUCUGGAUAUUUUGGUAGACCCAAAGAGAUACGACAAUGACCAAAAACGUAUUCCUGCUGACUUCUACUAUAUUGCAAGUAUGGUACGGACAAAAGAUGACUCUGGAUACCUUCAAACAGCUAGUUUCACACUAAGAAAUAUAGCCAUAGCCUUUCACUCGUCAUCCUUGAUGAUACCCCCUGCAUUAUCCUUUAGAUUUAUCAGUUACUGUCUCUAUGUAUGGGCAGUGAAAAAGUAUGGACAGACCAACAAGGACAUGUUAUUUCAUAGGUCUGGAGUGUUCACCGUUGAUCCUUCUUUAGAUCUGUACAUUCUCUGCGAAGAUGAGCGGAUUAUUGCCCGUCUUGUUCAUGCCAGAACGAACUCAUUAAUAAUGAGGGAUCUUGCAUCCAGCAUAACUGAAUGUUUAACGUCUGCCUUGGAGAGAAUAAGCCAGUUGUAUAUAAGAACAAGUAGCGACUUAAAGCAAACCAGUGAUGCAUCCUUUAUAACCAGCAUAUGUUGUAACUCACCAGAUAACCCAUGUAUCCUCCAAGUCAACGAACUAGCGAACAUAGGCGAAGUUUGGAUAUGUCCUGCUCACGGCAUUGAACACAAAAUACAUAUUAUCACAUCGUGGUUUUCAGGAAAGAAUGAAGAUGAAUGUGAAGCAGGAUGCCCAGUUACAAAUGACGACUUUUUGAAAGUGACGCCAUCAGAUAUCCACUUACGUCGUAUGUCACUAAUGUAUAGUAGAAAUAACGUCAGAGAACUUGCUAUACGCUUAGGAUUGUCGACGACUGAUGUUGAUAAUAUGUUAGACACUGAUGAUCCACGGAAAUGGAACUUUGAAGUUUUGAGACAAUGCCGGAAUAGUGUUGCAAUGACAUUUAACCACAUCAAAGAAGCAAUAGAAGCAAGUGGACAAGAUAGUAUCCACAGACUAUGCAAGCUUGUGAAAGGUGGUUCAAUUGAUUUUGAUCUGCAGCAAGAGAAGUGGGAUUCGGUACCUACAGAAGAACACAUUGAUAGAUUGGCUCCAUUAGUAGGAAAUAACUCUCUCCCGUUCCUGAUCGAACUUGGAAUGGAGUUUCAAACCUGGGAGCAGAUUAGCUACAGGCAUAAUGAAAGAGAUUUGGUACGACUGAACAAGGAUAUUUUAGAAGAAUGGAGAAACAAGUUUUGCACGAUACAUAGUCUGAAACCAACAUUGAGGACAAUCGCACAGGCAUUUUCUAACAUCGGCAAAAGUGUAAAAAUCGUUGAAAACACAUUGUCAGAUUUGUUUUGACUACUAGCAUUGUUGCUUGUUAUUUUCAUAUGAUUAUCAUUUUACAUGUAAAUUGUUUCAAUUUGUCAUAUUUGAUAUAUAUAUAUUCAGAACUUUGUGUUUUACAAAAUGGUUAUGCAUUCAAUGCUGAACUAUGUAUGUAUAUUGAAUAGCAGCAUUUUAAUAAUG